GAAUAGCGUGUAACAUUUUUGGAUGGAUAGGGUGCCAACAUGGCGGAAAAGAUAAACUUUGUGCUGGUUGUUUUAGCAGUUUUGUUGAGUUUUGUCUCCUCGGACGGGCCGACUGAGCCGCCUGACCCAGCUGCGGAGUUCUUGGAGACGCAGGGAGACAAGCCGUUCCGAAUUUUCACGAAGGAGGACAUUGCUAGAUACAAUGGGGAAGAUGAAAGUCAACCCAUCUACAUGGCUGUGAAGGGAGUUGUGUUUGACGUCACAUCAGGGAAAGACUUCUAUGGAAAAGGUGCAGGGUAUAACGCACUUGCAGGAAAGGAUGCUACCAGAGCUGUGGCCAAGUGGUCACUGGAGCCUGAGGACCUAAACUCUGACAUAUCUGACCUGUCAGAAGAGCAGCUGAAGUCGCUGGAGGAGGUGUACAAGGGAGUGUACCUGGCCAAGUACCCUGUGGUGGGCUACAUGUCCUACAGGGUCCUGGGGAAACCUCACGAUGAACUAUGAGAGCUACACUUACACAAAAAAGUGGACUCAUUCCUCAGUUAGCCUCUAUUGUACCACGGCCAUUCCUCAUUAAGACAUCUGGAGCCGCAUAGUUCCAGUUUAGAACUUUUAUUCAGCCUGCCAGAGCCUUAUUGAGCCUCUAGCCACUGAAGAAGUUUUACGCAUAGAAACCAGCUUGGCAAUGUUCUAAACUGGAACUGUGUGGCUCCAGAUGUCGUACUGAGGGAUGACUGCAGUGCGAUAAAUGUCGGUUAGCUGAGGAAUGAGUCCAAUGUAUUAUAUACAGGAGCAGCACUUCCAACAAAUCUUCAUUCCUGCAACAUCUAGAUACUAUUUUUUUCCUAUUUGCUUGAAAUAAGUUGAUUGACUCUGCUACUUAUCUGAAUUAAGUGAUUCUUUAUCAUGUAGUGAUCUUUAUUGAAAACUAGGGUCAGUUUAUGAUGUGACGCUUACAAAAGAUUUGAUAUACAUGUACUAUUAUGAUUUUAAUACCAUUACUCACUGGCCUAUAUCGCACGAUCAUCUGCGGGUAGCAAAAUUAUAUGUGACAUAUUUAGCCCAACAGAGAAUCAUUUUGUUCAAAAUAUUCUAUAAUGCUAACGUUAUAUUUCUUUAUUCCAAUAUUGUAGUACAUGUAUUUAUUCCUGUAGAUAGCUGUAACACAUGAUCAGGACAACAUGUUAAACAACUGUCAUGGUGACAGAUGUUGAUAAAUCGGUAUCCAUGGGUGAUGCUGGUCCAGCUCAGGUUUGCUCUUCCCACCACUUUCCUUGCUGUAUAGUCUGGUAUCCUAAUCUCGAACCAGAUCCAUGGUGCGUAAUGUAUAGUAUCAAACUUCCCGGUGCCCGUUUGACUCCCUUGGCCGGCUACACUCCUUGGCCAGCUUUGAUACUAUCUUAUGGCACCGUAGGAUCUGCUUGGAGAUUAUGGUAUCCUAGAAAUUUUUGGUAUGUGAAUAUUCAUGAUCACCUACAAUAUAGGCGAGUGUUCACUGCUCCAAGUGCUCAUAAGUGCAUGGUGAUGGGAUCAAACCAAUUCAGGAGAUGGAUUUAUCACAAUCAGCUGGGUACCAUCCUCCAUAGUAACCACUGGCUCAGUAUUUUUGGUUAGUAACCCCGUGGAUAUGAAUACCCAACAAAUCCAAGACCCAACAAAUCAAAUGGUAUUAUUCAAUGCAAAUGUUGACAGUACAUCUGUCAAAUCCUAUAACAUUCCAAUGUCUUCAUACAAUAAUUCUUGCAAAUCUACUUGAGAUGUGAAAUUUGCAAUAGCUGUGGAACAACAGAUGAUGUCCUAUGCAAUAUUUUUAGUAUUUUUAAAUUUUUGAAAUGAGAAACUCUAUGCAAACACAAA